AAACGACAGGCAAGAACUGACGGUUUGAACCCUGUUUUGCACACCGGCGUCCAUAACACGAUCAUUUCAAACAAAUAUUUAUGAAGUGAAAGAUGGAAAACUUUAUUCUAUAUGAAGAGAUUGGGAGAGGAAGCAAAUCUGUUGUGUAUAAAGGAAGGAAAAAAGGAAGCAUACAUUUUGUUGCCAUCAUCUGUAGUGACAAGUCCAAGAGAGCUGAAAUAACCAACCAUGUCCGUCUCACCCACGACUUAAAGCAUGAGAAUGUUGUUUCAUUUCAUGAGUGGUAUGAGACCAGCAAUCAUCUCUGGCUUGUGCAGGAACUCUGUACAGGGGGUUCUUUGGAGGCUGUUAUAACUCAGGAUGAGUAUCUUCAAGAAGAUGUGGUGAGGGAGUUUGGGAUUGAUUUGGUUAAAGGGUUAAAAUACAUCCAUGAACUUGGCGUCCUCUUCUGUGACCUCACUCCUGCAAAGAUACUGCUGGAUGGUCCAGGGAUGCUGAAAUAUUCAAAUUUCUGCCUAUCUAAAGCAGAAGGUGAAAACUUAGAAGAAUUCUUUGCUUUAGUUGUCUCAGAGGAAGGAAGUGGGGACGGUGGAGAAAGCACACCAAGAAGAAAUCUCAAAAACCGAGUUCAAGGAUCUCCAAUGUAUGCAGCCCCUGAAGUUGUAAAAGGAUCAGAUUUCUCCAUUGCCAGUGACUUUUGGUCAUUAGGUUGUGUAUUAUAUGGCAUGUUCUCAGGCAAGCCACCAUUUUUUUCAGAAAGCUUUACUGAACUAAUUCAGUUGAUUUUGUACGAAGAUCCUACACCCCUGGAAUCAAAGGGUGCGGCUACUGUCAACCCUUCUGCUGAGUUUCAAAGUCUGAUAAAUGGUUUGCUUCAAAAGGAUCCUCAGAAAAGGUUGAACUGGGCAGCGUUACUCAGGCACCCGUUUUGGCAAGGAGCUUUCACUGGAGGAAAGGAAGCCACGUCUUAUGAAGACAAGAACGUCAGCUUAAGCAAUGGCAAAAGUCAGAACUUACCAAGGUGCGGGGAGUUACCAGAGACCAUUACAGAUGAGGUUUUACAGAGAUCAAGAGUGGGACUGGACAGCAGCCAACUUCUCAACAAGUCAUUUAAAUUAGAGAAUGUUGCAGAAUUUAGACCAAAGAGUGCCCCAGACAGUGAUGCCAGUGAAUCAGUUUUUCUUCUCAGUUCUCGUCCAACCCCAAGGACAAGCACUGCUAUGCAAAAUUCAGUACAGGAAGCAUCUAAAAUUCAGCAUGACCCCUCAUUUACCAGCAAGAAUGAUGUGAAUUCAAGAAUUAGAGAACUAAUCUACACUGACUCUGACCUCACUCUCACACCAAUCAUUGACAAUCCCAAGAUAAUGAAGCCUGCCCCUGUGAGGUUUGACUCGAAAACCCUGUGUGUUCCUCCCUAUUCAGCAGAGAAGCUGGUAUCUUUGAAAGAUCAAGAUUGGAGUGGCUUUGUGGAGCAACUGUGCUCAUCACUGGAAUCAAGUGAAAAAAGUAGUGGGUCUCCCAGGAAUAAACUGAACCUGUUGUGCUAUCUUUGCACUGUUUGUGGUCACAAGGAGGUAGCCACGAGGUUAAUAAACUCGCAGCUGUUACCGUUGUUAACUCAGCUGCUACGCACAGCUCCUAAUUGGGAUGUGCGUGCCAAAGUGAUCCGUGUCGUUGGUUUAUUGGCAUCUCACACAGUGGACUUGAAUGAAGAUGUGCCAGUCACAGAGGCAGUCACCGUGCUCACUGAGUUGGUAAGAGAAAACUUCAGAAACAGCAAACUGAAACAGUGCCUGUUGCCGUCACUGGGAGAACUGCUUUACCUAAUUGCAAAUCAGGAGGAGAAGAAAGAGCACCCUAGAGAAUGCUGGGUUGUUCCUUCAGCUGCCUACACCGUACUAAUGAGGUGCCUUCGGGAAGGGGAAGAGCCAGUGGUCAAUCAUGUGGCUGCAAAAAUUGUGGAAAAUGUCUGCACCACUGUCUCCUAUCAGUCUCAAGGGUUCAUCACUGGAGAGAUUGGACCAAUGUUGUGGUACCUCUUUACACAUUCCACAGUGGACUCUUUGAGGGUCACCGCAAUUUCGGCACUGUGCAGAAUUACUCGACACUCUGCCAGUGCUUUCCAAAGUGUCAUUGACAAGGUGGGCCUGCCUGCAAUUCUGAACAGCUUGGUAUCAGGAAUAAGCCGGAUUCAGCAGUAUAUGCUUACCAUGUUUACUGCAAUGCUGUCCUCUGGGGUCCAUCUGCAGAGACUGGUUCAGGAAAAGGAUUUUGUUACCAAAAUCAUCCGAUUAUUAGAGAGUCCUGUGUCUACUAUCCGUGCAAAGGCCUUCCUUGUGCUGUUACAGGUCCUAAUGAACAACAGAGAGAUGCUACUGUUGUGUUGCAAUUCAAGGCUAGUGAUGUACAUCGAAAGAGACAGCAGAAAGGCGACGCCAGGGAAGGAACAACAAAGCAGCAAUGAAUACCUGUCAAAUUGCUUGGAUCAACUCAUCUGUCACAUUGUGCAAGAGCUGCCAGCAAUUCUAGGCGAUAUCCUUUCUGCAUUAGCAAGUGUUUCAGGACGUAAACAUCCUUCAACAGUCCAGGCUAAACAGCUGAAGCAAUGUCUUCCUGCAAUGCCUAUUGUUCUCCAUCUUUUGACUUCUCAGAUAUUUAGGCCACAUGUGGUGACAGAAGAGUUUCUUUUUAGUUUUGGGGUAUUACUGAAUCACAUCAAAUCAAUAGACUCUAGUGAGACCAGUUUAGACAGUGCAGUAGGACAAGCAGCUUCAGAAGAGCUUAUUAGGAACACCUUAGCAGCAAUCGAAGCAGUUACACAGCAUCCAGCUCUUUUGAUGCAGUAUCAUUCUACAGUUGUGGAUUCCAUCCUUCCACCCAUGGUCUCUCUUGCAUUCAGCAAAAAUGUGGAGUGGAGAAUCUACAGCUUGCGGUUGCUGUCAGAAAACACUGUGCUGUUGGUCAACCACGAAGCCAUGGAGAAGGGGGAGAGGCUGAAUUCAAAUAACAAACUACUAACUCUCAUUGGAGAUUCACUGCUUCCACAAUAUGAGAAACUUCUUAUGGAUCCAGACCCCAUCCCAGUGUAUGCUUUAAAACUACUGGUGGCCUUGACUGAACACAGCCCAUCUUUCACCAGGCUCAUUGAAGAAAACCAGCUUUUUCCUGUUUUCUUUCAAGUCAUUUUGGAACACCAGGACAAUGUGAUGGGUGGUACCAUGCAGAGUGCAAUAGCACUACUGAACAACUUGGUUGCCCAUAAGGAUACAAAUCUACAACUUCUCUAUAAGGAAGGACUGGUUGACCACAUCAGCAAUGUGUUCAUUGAAACAACCGCUCUCCUCUUGGAAAGCGAAGAUAAACGCAGUAUGACGAAUGGCGGCACUCCUCUGCUUGCAUUACUUGACAUUUUACAGAGUAUGCUGAGGCACACUUCCACUGUAGUGCGUCUGGCUCUACAGGCUCAGAAAUCGGAUGCAGGAGGGGACACCCAGACCGCAGAAGACCUUCUGCUUAUCAAUAAACCCCUGACAGACUUAAUUAGCCUGCUUAUUCAGCUGCUACCAAAUGAUGACCCCGAGGUAUAUGAAGGUGUGAUUCAGUGCCUGUCUUUAUUAGUGCAGCUGUAUGGAGGAGGUGACAACCCUGAAUGUAUGUCUCCAGAAAACAUUCACAGCUUUGCCAAGACAUUGACGUUGCAGCAAGACCCAAAGCAACAAAAGCUUCUCCUACGGAUUAUUAAGCGUUUGAUCACUUCAAGUGAGAAACACUUACAGUGCCUAAAGGGUGGGGAUGAUCUUGUCCAAGCUCUCCAGAGGAUGGCUUAUGCUGCCAGAUCACACGCCGAUGUUGCAGUUGCCUCACUGGCCUCCGAAAUCCUAAAAAUUGUUGGAUAUUAAAAUAAACUGCAGUGAUCAAGACUACAACCAGUGGUGCAACUUAAGUUUAAUUUCUAUUCAUAUGGAAUAAUUUGCUUGAAAAGUGAGAUUUGGAGGGGCUGUGACAUUGUAUAGUUUGUUUUGUUUUCCCUUCUUGGCUUUAUGCAACUACUCUCUCUCAAACAUCACAUGGCUUCCAACUGUUGGUGUCAUUGUCAAAUUCCAUUGGAAUUUGACAAUGAUAGUUAAAACGUGAAAGGUAAGACAUUUAAUGACCAAGUUAGAAAGCCAGUUGUGAAUAAAAAAUAGUUUGCAUUAGGCACUUUAUUUAAAUGCAAUAUUUAAAACACUGGGGUCAGGACAUUUAUUUCUUGCAUAUUGUUCAAACAUUAGAGGUAUCAGUUUUUAUACAAACAAAUAUAAAUGUUGAGAACAAAAGGCUGCUAAAGUCCACCAAGGCUUGCCCAGUCAAACAAAACCUAACCAUUAAAUGUUUUUUUUAGCCACCCCUGGACAGUCAGCCAGUAAAUAUAUAGCAAUUUCUGGACAAGACAAAAUUGUAUUUUCCAUGAGAAAUCGCUCAAUCACCUAGAAAGAGCCUGGAUAUACUGCCACUGUAAACCAACCAUGGACAAAUAAAAGCAGCCAGCUUGAUACACUCAAAACACAAGAAUGGUGCCCAUGGUCAACUUCACAAUAAGUUACCAGGUAAAACAAAAAACACACUACAACUCAAAACAGGUCCCAUGUGCCUUAGAGUUUAUUCUUUGUCAAUUACAGCACUAUAACCUUUAUUUUAGUAAUACUUUGUAUGUCCAAGGUCUCGUUACAGGCAUAGAAAUUGUUGUAUCCUUUAUUUUGUAGGGUAAAACUGAAAUGCUUUACUUCAUAUAUUGUGUGUUUUUUUUUUUCCACUCCACUAGGUAAUGGUAAAUAUCAAAAUAAACUACAUUUCCUGUAUACAAGUAAACACUAUGUUUGCCUAUUGGAUUAGGGAUUGAUGUGAAUAAGUACUAAAGUAUUUUAUAGUUUAGCCAAUUGAAGGCUAGAACUAAAAGUAGUUCUCCAUUAGGACUUGGACUCCCCUUAAACUUCUGGAAGAUAUGGGACCAGGACUAAAACACAGAAUCCAUGUAGGAUGGCAUUUCCUUUAAUCAGCUUAAAGUAUACCAAUCAAAUUAGUCUAAGCACAGCACUGUACGUAAGAGAAUACAUAUGGAGUAAAGACCUUAACACAAGCUUUGUUCUGUCUGUGGUUUGAUGAAAGUUGUUUUGUUCAUGCACUUAAUGUAAGUUUAUAGUUUCACCCAGUAUUAAAUAGCUUAUUUAUCCAUUAAACUUCCAAACACGAAAUCCAUAGCAAUGCAAUGCAAAAGUAUGAUUUUAUAAGAUCAGUAGUUUAUUUUUUCACCUAGGACUAAAUUAGACCUGUCAUACCACCAUGUUACCUCUCAAGCUUAAAAUUAUAUACUGUAGUCCUGGUAAUCAUAAAAUGCAUAUUUAAAAAAAAAAAGACAGCAUUGAAAUACAUGGGUUUAUUUUUUAUUGUUAAGCCAUUUUAUAACUAAGUUUCCAUAAGCACAGCAGGCUACAACUUUGGGAUAUUUAUUUUUUAUUUUUUUUUAAUAUAAUUACCUUAAGUGAUUUACAAAAGGUCAAUCCUGCCCCAAUCCACCCCCACCCAAGUGCACCCUCCUUGGAACAAAUUUGACACUGGAAAUAGUUAAACCUGAUUUCAGCAUUAAAAAGAAUGUAUUUGGACCAUUUCUCUAACUUGUUUUAUAAAAAAGCUACAUAAAUGUCACACUAUUAAAGAAUACAGUUUAAUUGAUUAUGCAUUAGUGUUCUACACCAGUACUUGAUUGUUAGUUAGAAAUGGCUGGAGCAUUACCACUACAAAUUUAACACUACAAGACUUAAAAUAAAAAAUACAAAUUCCUGCAAAAAAAAUUAAAUAAAAAGUGGUGACUAGACUAGUUUAAAGCAAGCUAAGUCAGUACCAUUACAAAAGACAGGGUUAAAAAAAAAAAAACAAAGAAAAAACUAGGUUUUAAAAUCCAUCUUUAGAUCUACUCGUGUACUUCCUUCAAAACAGGCAGCCACUCCCAAAAUCCAUUUGCAGUUUACUCCAACCAAAGAGGACCAGAACAAUUUAGACUGUUCCCAUAGGAAACUCCACUUUUGUUAGCAUGUCAGGCACUUUCCAAGAUACUUGCCCACCCCAACUCUACAGGCCAAAUCACAAUGCAAGUUCAUUCAGACAACAGCU